GCAGAAACCUCCUCCUUAGCUGUCUAAGAACUCUCCUGCAAGGCAAUGUUCUCAGAGCAGGGUGUCCAAUCUGCACAGGGCCUCUUGGCAUCCCCAUCUGCAGUGGCUUCCACCUUUGCCCGUGUGCCCAUCUCAACAUACACCAACUGCUCCCAGAAUUUCAGGCUUGGAGAGCGUACUUUCAAUCGGCAAUAUGCUCAUAUCUAUGCUACGCGCCUUAUCCAGAUGAGACCAUUAUUGGUUGAUAGAGCCCGGCGUAAAUGGGGGAGCAACAUUACAGUGAAAAAGCUAUGUGAGUUACAGAUCUCAGAGACGUGCUGUGUGGUGGGGACACUCUUCAAGUGUAUGCAGCUUCAGCCUUCCAUCUUGCGGGAAAUCAGUGAAGAGCACAACCUGCCCCCCCAGCCUCCCCGCAUCAAGUUUAUUCACCAGUCAGAUGAACUGAUCCUGGAGGAUGAGCUGCAGCGGAUCAAACUUGAGGGGGAGAUACAGAUCGACAAGCUGGUGACAGGGACCAUCCUUGCCGUCUACGGUUCAGAGAAGGACGAUGGCCGAUUUUUUGUUGAAGACCACUGCUUUGCAGAUAUGCCAACCCAGCUGCCCAUGAUGGGGCCCAGCACGGACAAGUUUGUCUUGCUUGUGUCGGGCCUGGGCCUUGGUGGCAAGAGUGGAGAGAGUCUCCUGGGCAUGCAGCUUCUGGUGGACAUGGUGACAGGGCAGCUGGGCGCAGAGGGUGAGCAAUCCAGGGCAGCCCUCAUCUCUCGAGUCAUUCUGGCAGGCAACCUGCUUAGCCAGAAUACCCAGAGCAGAGACACCAUGAACAAGGCAAAAUACCUCACCAAGAAGACUCAAGCUGCCAGUGUUGAAGCUGUAAAAAUGUUGGAUGAAAUUCUGCUGCAGCUGAGUAUGUCCGUCCCUAUAGAUGUGAUGCCAGGCGAGUUUGAUCCGACCAACUACACAUUGCCUCAGCAGCCGCUGCAUCGCUGCAUGUUUCCCCUGUCAAGCGCAUACACCACCCUGCAGCUGGUCACCAACCCAUACCAGGCAAACAUUGAUGGAGUCAGAUUUCUGGGAACUUCGGGCCAAAACAUAAGUGACAUUUUCAAGUACAGCAGCAUGUCUGAUUAUCUGGAAAUUCUGGAAUGGACUUUAAGGAUCGGGCAUCUCAGCCCCACAGCCCCAGACACUCUGGGCUGUUACCCGUUUUACAAGACGGACCCAUUCAUCUUCAGUGACUGCCCUCAUGUCUAUUUCUGCGGGAAUGCGCCCUCCUUCAAAUCCAAGGAAGUCAAAGGGGAAGAUGGCCAGAAGGUCCUGCUGCUGACACUUCCUGAUUUCAGCACCACCCAGACAGCUUGCCUGAUCAACUUGUGCGACCUCACUUGCCAGCCAGUCAGUUUCUCUGCCUUCGGUGAUGAUGAAGAGGAAGAAGAGUCUGUAAUGGAGACUGGUGACUGAGAGGCAUGGACUUAGUUCUCAUCCUUCCUUGAACUUGGGAGUCAUCCCCGUCCCUCCUUUUUACUGUAGAGUUUGACCUUUGGCUCAGAUAGAUAGGAAUGCAAUAAAAUAUUCUGGUUCCUUUG